CUACACUUUAAGGUGCGAUUACAGCUGAUGGUCUGGAUGGAUUGACGAAUUGAUGUUCUCAUCCUUUAUCCUUUGCCUCAUCCUCCACAUCUUUCCAUCCUCCAUCUUGGGCCGGCAAAGGUGUACCAAGCCGAUAUAUAACGAGAUCAACCCGAGAUUUGAGGAUCAAAAUGGCGACUAGACUGCAGACCCUUGUACUACUUGUUGGCUUUCUAGGAAGUCCUUCCCUUGCGGAGCUUCCAUGGGCAUUUCAAAGGAACAGUCUGUGUGCUCGUGGGGCGAAAGGGCCAGCUGUUCGCAGCUGCCACCCAGGGAGAUACGCAUCUGACUGCCCGUCCGGCUGGCAAGCAGUCAACCCCCAAAACUACCUUCUCUGUUGGGCGACGAACAACGUAUGCUGUGAACAAAAAGACGGUGUCUCUACACUGAACUACCCAGGCUGUGGAGAGCUUGGGGUUCGAGCCCGACUUGCUCUGUCCGUGGAUGAAGAACCAUGUCAGUCCCCGUGGCAGGCGUCGCUACGUCGUGUCACCGACCUCAGUCAGCCUCAGUCCAUCUUUAAUUCCGUUCACGUUGCUGGCGGUGUGUUAGUUCAGCGAAAGUGGAUUCUCACCACUCCACUUUCAGUGUUGUUCGCUGGUAGGAACUUACCAUCGGAGUCUUUCCAGAAUCAGAUGUUUGUCGUUCUGGGAGAUUACGACCACCAGUCCCAGGAUGGAGGCGAACAACUCCGGCGAGUUAAACAGGUUUACUUCCACCCCGACUUUAACUUCGACGUCAACACCAACUUCCUCAACGUCCUCAACAUCUCCCUCGUCCAAAGUGAGAGAAUAUGGCAAGAAAAUGCAUUUGCCCUUGUGGAACUAGAAACCGAUGUGGACAUCAAUGAAUGCGUCCGUCCAGUUUGUCUGCCCAGCGGAUCUACACAGAGGUGUACAUCUGCUCAGUGUAAGAUCACUGGAUGGGGAGCCAAUGAGAAUGAACAACUGAGAGAUAGACUGCAGAAAGCUGACAUGACCCUGUUUGGCCAAACUGCUUGUGAGGCUCUUGAUUACUACAAGAAUGGAACUGAGACAACCUAUCCAUCCAGGACCGGCUGUGCUGUCAAUGAAAGGGGAAGCUUUGCAUGUGUGGGAGACUUUGGGGGACCCGUGGUUUGCCAGGGAGACACCGUCAGCGAUCCUCGCACAGUGGAGGGAUUAGCCGUGACACAGUUACGGUGUGACGACAGUUCAAACCCCAUGAGAGUCGCUCUUGUGAGAGAAGCAAUGGACUGGAUCGAACAGAUAAUUAGAUCUAAUUGAGCACCACACAUAAGCACAUGUAAAUAAGCACAGCAACAUUCCACACACUGAUAUUGUUGAGAUUAGCAUCAUAAUUGGCAAAUGCAGAUGUAUUUCUUAUUACGUAUGAAUAAAACAAUUUUGCACAAGAA